AUGAGGUGGCUGGCCUGGGGGCUCAGCCUCACGCGAGGGAAGGGUCAUCCGCCAGCUGGCCAGGAAAGCGCCAGCAACCUCAGCGCCUUUGGGAUGCGGAAGGGCGCGGCCGUGGAGGGCCGCAGCAGCCCUGGUCCCUCACCGUUCCCCCUUUUGGCCCCGGGGAGACCCCCUCCCUCCAAGCCAUUCACGCCAGCUGAGUCCGAGCCGACCUGGACCGGCCAGCCUGGGAGGAUCUGGGGACGCCGAGUGCCGAUCCAGCAACGGCACUGCCAGCCACGCAUUCCUGCCACAACCCUGGCCACGGGCUCAGCUUCCGGCCCUCUCCCCGGCUUGGUCACCCUCUUCUCCGAUUUGUCACCGUCCUUCUCCAACUCUGUUGCCCAGUACUGGGCACAGGAUGCCACUGACCAGGACAGAGCCCAGGAGGACAGUGACUUCCCAGGAACUGGACUCUGUGCUUCUGCUCUCCUGCCUCGUUUAGCCGGCCGUGAGAAGGGCACGACCCAACUGUGGAUCUGGGCUCUUCCAGGCACCCACGUGGCCAGGGGUUGCCGCCUUCACCUUUGUUUCACUCGUGUUUACACCUGGCGGGAGAAACCUUUAUGGCUGCUUGGACUCCGCCCUCCUGUCACUCUGCUGGGGUCUGUGUCACCCGGGCCGGUCCUCACUCCACUCCUGGUCUGCAGCCGCGAUGGAUUAAGGCUACGCCGAGCGGCAGCAGCGAGGGAAGCAGAACAGCAGCAGCAGCAGCUGCCUCCAAUGCUCCCCUGCGCCAUGGGGACCGGGUGGUGCCUCGUGGGCAGCUUGGUCUUCCUGUGCCUCUCCAUGCCGGGGAGCAAAGGGAGAGAAGAAGGCAACCGAGUGGCUGGUCUGGAGAUCUGGACUCAUGAUGCAGACUACUUGGCCAGCUGUGACUUCAACAACAACUCCUGGCCCUUUUGUGACUGGACCCAGACCUGUGGCACCAACCAAGGCACCUGGAUACGCACCAGGCAUGAUACUCCCACCCCCGGCACGGGGCCAAGUGGGGACUGUCCGGAUGGAAGAGGAUACUUCAUCUACCAAGAAGCCAGCAACUUGAUUCCCUACGACCUCAACAGGCUUGAGAGCCCCCAGCUGGUGGUCUCUGGAGAAGUGUGCGUCGACUUCUGGUAUCACAUGUUUGGCUCCGAGGACUUCAACGAGCUGCACGUGACCCUCUUGGGGGAAGAGGGCGAGUCUGUGGUAUGGAGCCGGACGGGCAGCCAGAGCCCCGAGUGGCAGCAUGGGCUCACCGCGGUCUACUUCACAAAGGAGAGUCGCCUCAAGGUGGCUUUUGAUGCCAUUCGAGGAUUGACAGAAUAUGGUGACACAGCUGUGGACAAUGUGGUUGUCAGGAGAGGGCCUUGCACAUGGACAUCAACCACCCCUGUACCUACCACCACACCGAUUCCUCUCACCCGAGAGUCCUGCCUGGUAUCGGGUGACCCCCAUUACUACACAUUUGACAAGCAGACUCACCACUUCAUGGGCAACUGCACCUAUACCCUCUCUCGCCUAUGUGACCGGAACAGCUCUCUGCUCCCCUAUUUCAACGUGGAAGCCAGCAACGAGCACAGAUGGGGCCACACGCACGUCUCCUACGUUGGGAGCGUGGACGUGGACGUCUUUGGCAUCCGGGUCACCCUGGGAAAGGGAGGAACGGCGAAGGUGGACGGGGAGCCGGUCGUCGUCCCCUCCAGCCCCACAGGGGGUGUGGAGAUCUUACCCAGCG